AUGAUUAUCAUCGCCCAGGAUAUCGAUGGCACGACUAAUGUCGACACAUCCGAUGCAGCGUCGACCAACACGCUCGUCAGCAAGGAGCAAAGGAUCCCUCCCCAUCUCGUAAAGCUCAUCUUUGCAUCCCUCUUCAUGUCGACACUCGCGUUCAGUUUCUCGAUUUUGAACAGCGUAGAUGUAGUCAAUAUUGUAUCUGACGGUGUCGUUGCACCUAUUCUGGCGUAUAUCUUCACUCUCCCUCAUCACGGCGCCGCCCUGUUGCUGAAAUGGCUUCAGCACCACGAUAUGGCGUCCAUUCUUUCCUUUUCCCCAACAUCCACGCGUUCCCUGUGGUAUUCAGCCGGACUAGUUAUCCUGUGGCUUACAUCAGUCUCGAUAAGCUGCAGGAACAUCAACUACACCAUUACCUUUGAACCAGCAGAUCUUGAAUGGUCGGCAGAGGCCACGGUAGUUACUUCGGUGUUGGAAUUUACAUUGAUUCUGGCCAUUGCUCUUGUUUGCUUCCUACAUUAUCGACGGCAACAAAAUCCCGGGCAACAAGAGCCACCAACCGUUGCAGAGCAUAAAUCAGUUGAGGUGUAA